GUAUGUAGUGCACUCGUGUAGGGAGUAGGGUACAGUUUGGUUAUGCAGCAGUCGUCGCCAUCGCGCAACGUUACAGGUGUAUAAACGUCAGGAAAAAAAAAUAACACGGAAGUGACGUGGACGCUCACGCGACUUCGAAUCAGAUUAAACCAUCGUAUUCACGUAAAAAAACAUCACCACCUAAGCAGGAGGCGAGCUGCUUCCAGACGACGGGAGAGGAGCAGGAUUUAAUCGGUGAAGUGGAAAGUGCAGAGAGCUAAGAAGAAGAGCUUUGAAUCUGAGCUUUCUUCAGAUGUAGCUGUAAGACAUGCUGACCAGCCUCACCACAGUGUUCGAGGCUGAAGCAUGCUGCGCAGUCAGUUAUAAAUAGCUGCAGAGAGAAAAUCUUGAAGGAUUCAGGCACUUGUGUACACUUGUGCAAAUUGGAAGCAAGACACAUAUGCAAGAUGCAAAUGCAUACUGCUGGAGUCUGAUCCUGAUUGAAGCGUACACACACACACACACCACACACUGCACACACAAUCAGCUUGAUAUAAAAGCACUCUUGUUCCCCAAAUUUUUCCUCUCCUGUUCUCCUCUGGUCCUCUCCCCUUCCCUCGUGUGUGUGUGUGUGUGUGUGUGUGUGUGUGUGUGUGUGUGUGUGUGUGUGUGUGUGUGUGUGGUGCUGCGUCAUGCCUGCGUCACCAGGCCCCCUUCAUUCAUGAAAUGUGACGCAAGCAGCACCAGCUCUGCUACCACCCACUCUUUCACGCCGACACUGCAGGCUCUCUCUUCAUCCAUGCCUCUCUCUCUUUCUUUCUUUCUCUCUCUCUCUCUUUCUCUCUCUCUCUCUCUCUCUCACUCUGGGCUAUUUUCUCCUUUGCUCAGUCUCUCCUUGAAAACCGACCAUGCAUCGCAGCGCUUUUAUCUGUCUCCUGAUCUCAAGCCAGAGUUUCCAUUAUUAAAGCCUCUUAGCCUACCCUCUCUGUUAUCGGGCAGCUGCCCAUGCACAUGCACGGCACCAUGGGUAGCUCCCCAGAGGUGCUGUCCUGGACCUCUUGCCCCAGCCUGCUGGUGGGAAAGCUCAAAGAAGAGCUCAAGCUCACUGUGGUGGGAGACGCGCUGAAGAAAGCCAAUACCAACAGUUCCCCUUCUCCCCAAGCCCCACCACCUGCCCCUCCUCCACAGAUCAUCACAGACCUGGCUCCGCCUACCAGCCUCCCCGUGCCCCUGCAGCCAGGCCGAGAUGACGACCUGGGCGUGAGCGGCAGCAGUCCGCCCUGCACGGCGCUCAGCGAGGACUCGAGCCGAGAGCAAGGCCACUUUGAGAACAGCGUGCUGCAGCUGCAGGAGCAUGAAGAGGAACACAACGCUGAGCAUGACGAGCACGGUUCCUGCGGGGAAGAAGGCAACGAGGACGGAGGCUGUAACAUGGAGCACGCUGACCAGCAUCAUCAUGAUGACAUCAAACUUCAGUUUCACCGAGCUAACACGGGCGGAGGCGGCUUCCUGGAAGGCUUGUUCGGCUGCUUAAAGCCUGUGUGGAAUAUCAUAGGGAAGACAUACUCGACAGAUUACAAGCUUCAGCAGCAAGAUGUAUGGGAGGUUCCAUUCGAGGAGAUUGCCGAGCUGCAGUGGUUGGGAAGUGGAGCUCAGGGCGCCGUCUUCCUGGGAAAAUUCCACUCGGAAGAAGUGGCCAUCAAGAAGGUCCGAGAGCAGAAAGAGACCGACAUCAAACACCUCCGCAAACUGAAGCACCCAAACAUCAUCGGUUUCAAGGGCGUGUGCACACAGGCUCCAUGUUACUGCAUUAUCAUGGAGUACUGUGCUCAGGGGCAGCUGUAUGAGGUACUCAGGGCUGGGAGGAAGAUAACUCCCCGUCUCCUGGUGGACUGGGCAUCGGGCAUUGCUAGCGGCAUGAACUACCUACACCUCCAUAAGAUCAUCCACAGAGACCUCAAAUCACCAAACGUGUUAGUCACUCAUAACGAUGCUGUGAAGAUUUCCGACUUUGGGACAUCCAAAGAGCUGAGUGAUAAGAGCACUAAGAUGUCAUUUGCUGGUACGGUGGCCUGGAUGGCUCCCGAGGUGAUCCGCAACGAGCCUGUAUCUGAGAAGGUAGACAUCUGGUCAUUUGGUGUGGUGUUAUGGGAGCUCCUGACCGGAGAGGUUCCCUAUAAAGAUGUGGACUCCUCUGCUAUUAUCUGGGGCGUAGGGAGUAACAGUCUGCACCUUCCUGUGCCCUCGACCUGCCCCGACGGCUUCAAAAUCCUCAUGAGGCAGACAUGGCAGGGUAAGCCCAGAAACAGGCCAUCAUUCAGACAGAUCCUGCUGCACCUGGACAUCGCCUCUGCAGAUGUGCUGGGAGCCCCCCAGGAGACGUAUUUUAAAUCUCAGGCGGAGUGGAGAGAGGAAGUGAAGAAGCACUUCGAGAAGAUUAAAAGUGAAGGAACGUGCAUCCACCGCUUGGACGAGGAACUUAUACGGCGCCGAAGAGAUGAACUCAGGCAUGCACUGGACAUUCGAGAGCAUUAUGAGAGGAAGCUAGAGAGGGCUAACAACCUGUACAUGGAGCUGAGUGCAAUCAUGCUGCAGCUAGAAGUGCGAGAGAAAGAGCUCAUGAAAAGGGAGCAAGCCGUGGAGAAAAAAUACCCCGGCACGUACAAACGCCACGUGGUGCGACCCAUCGUCCGACCCAACGCCGUCGAGAAGCUCAUCAGGAAGAAGGGCAGCAUGAACCACAAACCUGGCACUCAGACUCCCAAGAGGCCUGAUCUGCUGCGCUCUGAUGGAAUCUCCAGUGUGGAGUCUUUCCCAGUGUCCUCUCCUCUCUCAGGCAGCCCAAGGGUUUCCACUCCUCCCGGGAAAGCACGCUACCGCAGCAAACAACGCCACCGCCGCACCAACAGCAAGGGCAGCCACAACGAGUUUCCUGGGGUCUUGAAGCCCAUCGUCAACAUGGAUGAGGAACAGCAACCACUGCAGCCUCAGCAAUACCAUUAUAACCAUCAUCACCACCCUCAUCAGCUACCACCUGAGAGUCCUCUGCUCCCUUUGCAGAGGCGAGACAACGCAGCAGCCACAUGCGCCAACGAGCUGCGCUACUUCGGGCCUGCCGCGGCAUUACGCAGCCCUCACUCUGAGCACCUUCAGCGCUCCAGCCCUGACCUCAUCAACACUACUCUGGAGGCCGACGCACGGAAGCACGCGGCUACAGGGCCGGCUGCGCUCUGCCCCUGCUGCCAGGGUCAUCCACUGCCUGGGUGCUUGCGGUGCCAGGACAUGUUGCCUGACUGCUCUCUGGUCAGUACACGUGAGGGUCUAGGCAGAGAGGGUAUGGAGGGACAGCAACAGCCAGAGCAAGAUGGUUCUCCACAGAACGGCCUCUCGCGCACCCUCAGAACCCUCAGCAAGGCUGGGGAUGACUCAUCUGAGGAAGAGGAGGGAGAGGUUGACAGUGAAGUGGAGUUUCCACGGAGACAGAGGCCUCACCGCUGCAUGAGCAGCUUUCAGUCGUACUCGACGUUCAGCUCGGAGAAUCUGUCUGUGUCGGAUGGGGAGGAGGGAAACACGAGCGAGCACUCGCACAGCGGACCUCUAGAGGCACUGAGCGCCAGUCAGGAGGAGCAUCUGGACGAGCUGCUUUCACACACACCAGAGAUCCCCAUCGACAUCUCCAUGCAGUCUGACGGCCUCUCUGAUAAAGAGUGCGCUGUGCGCCGGGUCAAGACUCAGAUAUCCCUGGGCAAGCUGUGUGCCGACGAACAUAGUUAUGAGAAUCCGCUGCACUUUUCGGACUGCGACUCCUCAGAAGCCGAGUGCUCCGACACCACCAUCAGGAACAAGCAGCCGUGUGCUCCCUCUUCCUGGUGAGCUCCUCCCAUGGUCCCACCUUCUGGGAGGAGAACCACCGCAAUAACUGGGGCCUGCUGUAAAAGACCAUGCCCCUUUGCUCAUUCUGUCCCCGCCCUCAAUCUCAAGCCCCACCCAUCCGAGUAAGCUCAGGCAACUCUGGACUGACAAUGUAGCUAGUGUAACAUUCAUAAUUUAUUUUUCUGCAUUUGAAGCGAAGAAAACAAAACAAAAAUCAGGAAGUCUUUUCAAUUCUAGCCUAGAACAAAAGGAUUAAAAUGAGCGAGUGUGUUGGGUUGGAAUAGAACAAAAAUAGAACAAACUCUCAACCAGAAACUUGGUGAUCAAGGUCUGUGUGUGUGUGUGUGUGUGUGUGUGUGUGUGGGUGAGAGAGAGAGAGUUGUUGUUGGUGGUGGAGAGUAUAGUAAAGAUGACUCUGAUUAAACAUGGGGCCCUUUAACAGAAACGCAAGCAUCCACAUCUGACCUUUUUUGGCCAAGAAGUAAAGACUCGCUAGCUACCUGGUAAAGCUUGAGUUUAUAAUAAAUGAGACCCUGGGAUUUCAGGGUCACUUCGGUUUGAGCACCAGCAUGAACAGAACCUGUCUGUCCUCUCACUUUUAUCAUCUCUCCAUUUCUUAUUUCUAACGACACGAACCCAUCCAUGUGGAGUCUCAGCAUGCCCGUUGGAGAACCAAUCAGACUUUGCUGCCGAGUUUCUCAGACACACAGUGGAACAUCAAAAGGACGCGUAACAGAAUUUGUGUGAGAAAUCCCUGAAAUCAGUGUUGAAACUGGAGAAAACCAGUCCGUCCAGCUUUCCUCUCACCUCAGGCCUGACCUUGGAUGGAUUACGAGACCGGAAGACGACGACAACACGUUCCUUUUCACGUGCGGAUCCGUGUCUAGACCCGGGUUUCUCAGAGAGCCUUGUACUCCUCUUCUUUAAUCUCAUCUCAGUUUUUUCCUUUAUAAUAUUUAACGAUUUGGUUGACGUGAAGAUGCAGCAGCCCGUGAAAUCCCUCAGGACUUGGCGUAAUUUUGUUCCGUUUUUCUUCAUGUAUCUAGUGAGACUGAAUGUCUAGUGCGAGGCACUUCGGAGCCACUCUAAAGGUUCAGCAAUAAUGCAGGUUCUGCUCAGGCUCAAGAGAAUCUCGCUCAGGAGGACUGUCUAGCUGGCUGGACAGAUGCACCGGCAAGAUGUAGUGACGCAAGUUAGUUCUAGGAAAAGCCGCAUUUUAAAAGGUGUCUAAUUAUUUUAUUUUUUUUUGAGAGAGAGAGUUUUGUGUUGCUCCUAAAUCACGUCCUGCAUUCUGAUGAUUUCAUGCUCAGGUUAAGUUGAAUGCACAGUGCAGCUCUUUUCUUCAGCGUACUAGCCGUGGCACUCCACUAGGGGGAGACAGAUCUGUGCGCUGUGUUUCUGUGACAGAAAAUCAAGCAACAUUGCUUUUAAAUUCACGUAUGUUUUAUUAGGAUUAGAACUAGUCGUUUAGAUGCCCUACUAAUAACCAGUUUUUACGUUCACAAAAUGAGGGAUGCUGCAUCUUUUAUCAUUGAUAGUAUACUGCAUUCAUUACCCCUGUGUGUUUUUGAUGUGUGUGUGUGUGUACGUGUGUAUGGUUGUGUAAGUAGAGUUUAGACAGGAUGGCCAGUUGAACUUUAAAUGGAUUAAGUCAGGUUAGACAGAUAGCUGAGAGAGAGAGAGAGUGAGGGUUUCUAUUUUAUUUUCCUCAUUUGACAGGGUUUGUUUGUAUGUUAAAGUCUUACACGCAAAUGCAUUUGCAGUAAAUGAACAAAACAAGACGUUCAACCCUGUUUACUUAAUCCCGUUUGAGACAAAUCUUAUUUCCAGUUUGUGUUCUUCCGACCAGCACGAUUCAGACCGGAUGGAGAAAAAAAACCGAUUCGAGUCUGAAUGAGAAGGACUUGUGAAGCGUUGUCUUGUACUCAGUGAGCCAGGACUUACUUAUGGACUUACUUAUGGACACACACCAACCUCAUUUCUCUUGUUUACGUGUUUCAAAAGCUUCUGUGAUUUUUAUUCCACAGAAAUCAGACAGGUAUUGAGAGUAAAGUACAAUAAUGUCUUUCCAUCCUCAGCACUAUAAUGUUUUCUGUAUAGUUAUGAUUAUUUGUUGUGUUAAUUUAAUUUAAUUUAAUUCUCCUUCCUUUUCUUUUUGUAGCUGGCCUACACGGUCUUUGGAUUAGUUUAUUCUGGACUACUAGCAAGUUUAGAAUCAUGUUGGUUUUCCUAAUCAUAUAGAGGAUACCCCCAAUUAUUAAUUUGUGAUGUAUUUCUGGAACGAGAGUGUUCAGCCUUUUUCUGAGUGAACAACUUUGUUCAAACUAGAGCUGGAAAGAGUUGAGACCCUGAAAUCCUGUUUCACUCUGCUUCAGUAUUUUGGAUGUGGCUAUCGUUGCUUUUAAGAGCGCCUGAGGAAUAAAAUCCUCCUCAGGGUUUGUUCCCAGAGAGAUAAUGAAAUCAUGAGCACCCGAUUUCGACUGUACGUUUAACACCUUAGACGAGGACCUGCUUAAGACAUUCAGUCUUUAUUAUCCAGUGCUAUUUGAUGGCUUAAAUACUGACGUCCAGACAGAGGUGCGAACAGAGUCCCAGCAUCAGUCCUGUUUAAUUAGCACUUGUAAUUCUAGUAACAUGAUCAACUACUGAGUGACAGUUUCUUCUCAGUGCUCAGUGCACAAGUCUGGGUAUUUUGCUCAGUGCUUUUGGUUUAGUAAAUUAGCUCAGUAUUGUACUAACGAUAUAACUAAUGACACAAGGGGUCUCUUAUUACACCUGUAAGUAAAGGUUGGAUAAAAAUAGACUGAGUUCUCUUUAGUGUGUUAUUUGCCAUACUGUCUGUAUUUUACAAUCUGACAGAUCAAGUCUGAAUGCUCUCAGUAUUUAAAUCGGAACGAAACCGUACUAUUAAUGCAGAUUUGUUCCAACUUGACAAACCUCUCGCUGUAUCACAUUUCUGUGUUUCCCUCCGUUUCUGCCUUCAUCUUAUUCGUUCCCACCGUUUUCUCAUUCCGUUUUCAGCUAACGCGUAAACAGGUAUUUUGUUAUAAACUAUUUUUGUGCAGGACUUGUUCAACUCUGAGCUAUUUUUCUUCCACUCCAGUAUGUUUCUUACUCAUGUCCUGCCUCCCCUUUCCCUAUCUUGAAUGGCGUUCUGAUCAACCAACCCUGACGGUUUCCUGUAUUAGCCUGUGUACAGUGCAGUGGGAGCAGGAAGGAAUAAAAUCAAAGCAACCAACUGCAUGGAAUAAAACACUGAUGUACUGUAUCAAACUCUGUUGCGUUUUUCUUUUAACGCAGCUUCUGUAGAGGUGAUCUUCAAUCAUCUAGUGUUUGCAGUAAGACAUUGAAAGACCUUUUAGAUAAUACUGAUAUGGCGUUUACUGUAAUGUCUCCUGAGCAAAGUGUACAGGCUUUAUUGCUCUGCUGAUAAAAUAUAGACUACAGUGUGUUCUUUGUGGACAGGAUCGUCUUCUGCAGCAUGAUCGUGGGUGUUUUUAACCCCUUGAACUCACAGGAUGUGUCGGCAGGUCCAGUUUUACUCUCCUUGCUAUUGUAACUACAGACCGUUCCUAUUAGUCUCAUUGUAAUUACUGAAUAAUAAGCUUUAACCCUUUUCCUUUAAUGAUGGUGUGAACUCGAGCUGGCAAGUAAAAAUCAAGUUUGUGGACAACCUUGCAAUCCAUUUUAGAUCAAAUCCAUCCGAGUGUUGUUUAAACAUGCGCUUAAAUAGAAGAGAUGAGGGAAAAUCUGAACCUGCGUGAGGUUAGCCCCCCACCCCACGCAAAACAUCGGCAAAAUAGUCUCAAUCGUUUGUGCUGGUUUGUGCCGUAAAAAAAAUUUUUCAUAAGAAUAAGAUAUAUUAUCCAUAUAUCUUAUUACUAUAUUAUAUUUUCCUUGUGUACGGGCAAAUACAGUAAUACAUGAAAACAAGUUUAUACUGUACCUGAAAUUUUUUGCGUCAGGAUUAUUUCAGUGGGUAAUUGUUUUGUUUAUGUCAGAUGCCCAAGAAACCAGCAAUCAACAGGGACUCCAUUUUCACAGUCCUCUGUUCAUCAAAAGAGGCCAUAGUCCAAAAUGGCAACAUAGCUACGACUAAUCAGAGCAUGUGGCAGGAGGUCUCCAUAUGUCUGGGAGAUGUAGAAGUGGAGUGACGAGUGUCAGAAAAAAACAAAAUAUGCCCACAUGCUGUGUUCUACACAAAAGAGUGAUUGCAUUUGUUUAAAUUUAAUUUCACAAGUUCAAGUAUGUUUGUUGUAGGCCACACACCCUUGUUUUCCUACUCCUGCUUGGAGAAGUCGUCUCCGCUUGAUGGUGUUUGCACUCAAGUCUUGGUUUGAAGACAGUGGUUUGUCAGUAGUAAGUGUUUUGAAGUUUAAGUUUUAAAGGUCCAUUAUUUGUGUUAAUGGAUGUUUGAUAGUACACAGUAAUUCAAUUUCACAAGUAAAAACAUU